AUGACGGAAAAGGCAGAAGAUGAGGAAGAGGAGGAGGAAGGUUGUUAUCAGCCAACAUCUGCAUCGACCAGCUGCACCUCAUCAGGGCUUGCAGUCACUGCCGAGGAUCUAGCAGAUCGAGUAGCUAAUGUAUCGCUAGGUGGUGGUGAUGUUCUGAAGCAGGAAACUGCAGAUCGGAAAGCAUGGCUUUCAAAGCGACAGCGAGUUGCCAUCGAAAACAGUUGGAAGCGAGCUACUAAAAGUGAUGCGGAUAAACACGUUGGUAUCCAAAUAUUCUUUCGCAUAUUAGCAGCACGACCAGAAAUUAAGCAUAUUUUUGGGCUGCAGAAAAUUCCGGAUGGCCGUUUGAAAUAUGAUCUUCGCUUUCGACGUCAUGCCGUUAUCCUUACAAAAACAUUCGAUUACAUUGUUAAAAAUCUCGCCUAUAAAGAGAAACUUCAGCAGCACUUUCAGGCCCUCGGAGAGCGGCAUACAGUGCUCCAGGGACGCGGCUUCUUCCCGGAAUACUGGGAAACAUUCAGCGAUUGCAUGAGGCAAACUGUUUUACUUUGGAACAAGGAGAAGAAGCGUGAGAUAACGAGCACCUGGUACCAAUUGGUAAGUAAAUCAAAUUUUCCUGUGCGGUACAUUGGUUUUUGA